GGAAGUACUUUUCUAGUGUGGCUGACAAGACUGAUGUUCUUCCUGAUUUAUGAACACACAGGCAACUUACUACACCACGCAACAAAUCAACUUUUCCCGGAAUUAAAUAAUGAACUUAGCUAUAAAGUUAAUUUCAAGACUUUGUGCUAAUAUUGAGCUAAAGAUUCAAAACGGGUGGAUUUCUGAUUAAUUUCACGAUGCACGACUUCUGAACGACCAGUGAGUGCAUGGAUCCCAAAAUGCCCAAGCGCUGUGCCGCACCAAAUUGUAAUAUCUACACAGAUAAAUCAGAUGUCCCCUUUUUCAGAUUCCCUUUGGACCCGGAGGGAUGUAAACAAUGGUUGAAUAAUUGUCAUCGAACUGACUUGGAGCCAAAAACCCCUGAGGAGUUGCACAAUUCCUUCAAAAUAUGUGCAAAUCAUUUUGAGCCUUCCUUGAUCUGUUGUGAUAGCACUUUAAGAACAUCCUUGAAAGAGGGUGCUAUGCCAACCAUAUUUGAUUUUACAAGCCAUUUGAACAAUCCAUCAGGCCGCAACGGGAAUAAGAGAAUAAGAGAACCUAGUGAGGCGGAGUUUGCAACCUUGAAGAAAGCUAAAGGUGAUUGGUUUGAAGAUGCUCCAACUGAGGUGAAAGAUAAGCCAGGAGAGAAUAGUGCAACAUAUGAUCUACAGCAAGAGGACCAAAGGAGAGAGGAUGUCUCCAACUCCAAAGCAAAGGAAAUCCUUAAAGUCUACUUCAAGGAAACUCUUGCCUUCACUGGAUUCAGCAUAGGGAACGAUGUAAACCCCAACACCGAUGAGCCGAUGGGAGGCCACAGGGGACAACAGUCUCUCAACCCCAUCUGUGUUGAAAGAAUUGACCAGAAAGAAGUCCUCCAGUUCAGUGAGAACCUCAUGCGGGAGGAGAUCCGGAACAGUUUAAGGUUGGCACGCUUUUUCUCCAUUCUGCUGCAAGAUGUCACAAACAUAGAGGGAAAAGAUCAGAUCCCCGUUUUCAUCAGGUCCGUCACUGUAGCAGGUUUCCCUCAGAAACACCUCAUGGGGUUCCUGCCCUGUGAUGCAGAUGCUGAGGGUCUGUUUUACAUGCUGCUCUCAAAAAUACGGAAUAAGUGGGGGCUGCGGAUGGAGCAUUGUCGAGGACUCACCUACCUGACCACAGGCAUUCUAUGUCAGAAAAUGAAAGAUCUCACCAGCAGGAUUCUGCUGGAGUUUCCUCAGGUAGUGCUAGCACCUAGUGACCCAUACGCUUUUAACAUGUGGCUCAUCCGCUCCAUGCCCAUGCCUUCCAUCCAGAAGGUUGUGAACACCGUGGAGGAGGUCGCCACAAUGCUUAGAGGGUCCCCAGAUCUUUGGGAAAGACUGGAAGGGAAGAUCAAGUCAUCUUACGGCCACCUUAAAGGUGAAGUGGACAGGAUCAUAGAGGCUUCCCAGAACACCUGGGAGUAUGGUGUUGAUGCCUUCCACACCAUGUUGGACAUUCUUGAGCCAUUCCUCGCCUGCAUCAAUGAGGUGUGCUCUGCUGCGAACGCAGACACUGCUACUUGUGAGCAGAUGGCCAAGCUCAAACCGAUCCUGAAGAACUUCAAUUUCCUCAUCACCCUGGUUGUCCUAAAGAAUACCCUCUGUUGCGUGAGUAUCCUCAACCCGAGUCUCAGGGGAGCCAUCAGCAUCAGCAGCACCUUGCAGUACACAAUCUCCAACGCCUUAAAGCUGGUCAACAAACAUCUGCAGGAGAUCGCAAUAUUCCACAGGAAGUGGUUUUCUGACGCAGUGGGCAGGGCUAAGAAGCUGGGAGUGGAGGUCGCUAGGCCGGAGGAGAGCUCACCUGAUACUGGCGAGGCAGGUGCAACUGAAACUUCUCUGGAGGAUUUCUACAGAGAGACUCUGAGCAGGCAGAUCUUACAGUACCUUGUUGCGGAGGUAAAGAGGGUGUUUAGCACUGAGAUGGUUCGGAUUCUGAGAUGGCUCUCGUUGGUGCCGUCUUAUAUGGCUGACCACAAUUUCAGUAUCCGCAGGGAUAAAGUGGCGGAUGCGAACUUGAACAACCUCGCUCGGCCCGACACGUUUUACGAUGAGCUUGGUUGCUGGGAGGUGAAGUGGAGACAUGCUAGCAAGCGGAGGAUCCUACCCACAACAGUGUUUGCAACAUUGAAAAUCCCAGAUAUUGCAUUUUACCCAAAUGUGCAGAGCCUGCUGAGAGUUCUGGGCACCAUCCCCUGUGUGAACGCAGAGGCAGACGUGUAUGGGCAGUACAACAUGGUGCUGGAGCGGUACCAGUCCUACCUGAAAGCCACACCGGAGGAUCAGAGACUGUGCAACAUGGCAUUUGUCUAUGUCAAUCAAGAUGUGCACUUCAAUGUUGAAGACAUGGUGGAGUCCUAUGUGGAGAAGCAUCCUGACAUAUUGCAGUUGUUGCAUAUGGAUGAUGAGGUGAUGGAGAUGCACUCUGCGGCUGAACCAGUCUCUGAGAAUGAUGGAAAACACACUCUAAAGGAGAAUGUUGAUGAAACACAAAAAGAACCACAGGAAAUGGCCUUGGAGAUGGAGAGAGUGGAGCAACCGAAAUGCGUAGCCUCAGAGACUAAUAAGGAGGCGCUCAAAUCUGCUCUGCAGGCUGCUGUGACAGCUGCAUAUAACAGCCAGAGCAGACAGCCUGGUGAGGCCUCUGCUGAACAGGACGGUGAGGUUGAAGACACAUUAAAAUAUGUAUCGAAGUCUGAGAUGAAAGAAGUUCUCAGAGUAUGCGAGGAUGCAGUCAGGGAGGGAAUACUUUUGGAAGUGGGCACUUCCUUUUUCUCUCUGUUCAUCGACCGCGUUGUGAAGUUAGGGGAGAAAAAAUAUCUUCCCCUCUUCCUCAGGUUUGUGGACAGUUUUGAUGUCAUGCGAUUGGAGCUCAUGGGUUUUCUGGAUGUGGAUCUUGACUGCGAUGCCAUGUCAGAGCGCAUAUUGGAAAUUGUCACCAAAGAGUGGUGUCUCGAUUUGUGUUACUGCAGAGGUCAGGCCUACCUAGGAUCCGGUGAUGUCUCCUACAAGCUGAAAGCCUUUGCCUGCAAAAUCCAGGAAAAGUACCCCCUUGCAAUAUGCACACACAGCUCUUGUUACUCAUUUAACACAUGGUGGUCAAAAUCCACCCCUGUGCCGUCAGUCAAACGGGCCCUGGAUGUUUUUGAAGAGGUGUUGAUGUUUUUUGGGAGCAUGCCUAUGCUUGAGAAACAGCUGGAUCAUGUCAUUGCAUUUGGACUUAGGGAAAGUUAUGAAAAGGUUCAAGAAUUGCAGGGUAAGUUCUGUACCGUCUGGCAGGAGAAGCACGAUUCCUAUGAAGUCUUUGUGCAGAUGCUGGAGCCCCUUGUUGAAUGUUUGGAGAAAAUCAAGAGCAACCCACAGAGAUGGAAAUCCUCACUCUCUCUAAAAGCUGGAGCACUGCUACGUUUGAUAAGGGACUUUGAUUUCAUUGUUCCCAUGGUAGCCCUGAAGAAUGCCUCAUCCUUUACCAGGGAGCUGAGUGCAGGACUCCAGAAGGAUCAUUUUAGCGCAGCAUCACAGCUCUGCCAGAUCAGUGGUAUAGUGGCUACUCUCAACAGGGUCAAAACAAACAUCAAGGUCUUUCACCAGAAUUGGUUCGACGAAGCCUGUGCCCUUGCCCAGAGUCUGGUUGUGCAGAUAAAAGUGCCUGAUAAUUCAUCUGCGGCCAGGGAUAGCAUGAUCAAGCCAGCUCUGUAUUACAAAGAUUCACUGAGUGUGCCCCUAGUGGACAACCUCACUAAUGCUGUGAAGGAUCAUUUCUCUGAGGACCACAAAGAGGCCCUAAACUUCUUAUCCCUGGUUCCCUGCUCUGUGACUGUGAGUUACAUGUUUGAGAUCCUGAGGUCAAAGCCUCCUCUCUACGCCAGUGAUCUGCCUGACUCUGACAACUUCUUCACAGAGUUGUGCUGCUGGAGGGUGAAGUGGAAGACCAAAGUUGCGUCAGUGACCAUCCCAGACACCAUCUUUCAGACUCUCCGUCUGCCACUCAUGCAAUACUUUGGGAACAUCAAUACACUGCUGAGGAUCAUGUCUGUGUUACCCAGCACGGUACUGGAGAACUGUGGGGAAGCGAUGCGCCACAAGAUGUUCCAGGAAUACCUGAGGAACACCAGCUCCAAGGACAGGUCCCCAUGUCUGGCCAUGCUGCAGGUGGGAACCAACUUCAGCAGAGAUUUGGACCGGAUGGUGACUAAGUGCUUGAAGGUCACUCCCCAGGCUUUAGAGGGUAUCUGCUUGGAUAAAGAAUCCAAAAGUCUGAUGAAGAACUCUGAAGCUAACAUGGAAGUGGAUCAUGACAAAGAUGGAACAGAGGAGCUUGAGAAUCAACAGUCUUCUGACAAGAAUAAAGAUCAGGAAUUGAAAGCAGUGGAUGAGAAUGGGCACACUGGAGAUAAUCGACAGAGUUUAGAAGCAGUGUUCAGACAGGCUGCACGUUUGGGGAAAAAUAAGUGCCAGCUUUCCAAACUCUCCAAAGAAGAUCAAGACCUUCUCAUCCAGGAUCUCGGCAUGUGCCACUGGUUUGGAAGAGAUGGAAAGUUCACGUGUAACAUAGGAGAGGAGGAAAUGGUACAGCUUCUUACAAAAUCCAUCAGGGAAGUCAUACUAUCAGAAAUACAGGAGUCCCCCUUCUUUUCUCUUAUCACAGAUAAACCCGUUGUAAUUGCUAAUAAGAGCUAUCUACCUGUCUUUGUCAGAUAUGUUGGGCAAUGUGCCCCCAAGGUAGAGCUCAUUGGUUUUUUGAGAUUUUUUGAAUCCUGUGAUGUUGAUGUUCAAGCCAAGAAUCUCUCUACGACUCUAACUGAAGACUGGGGAUUGCCGAUGAGUCAGUGUCGUGGACAAGCAAUCAUGCGCAUGGGCUCAGGUUGUCACAGCCUGAAGAAGAUGUCUUUGGAGUUCCUUGAGAGCUAUCCUCUGUCUGUCAUCACACCCAGUGAGUCUUGUGGUCUUGCCUGUUGGCUAGCAGGAAGCGUACACUGCCAACCUGUCACAAAGAUGCUGCGAAUUGUGGAAGACCUCCUAAUGUUUUUUGACCAGUCACCUGGGCUAGAGGCAGAGCUAGCACAGGCCGUGGAUGGGUUACUGAAUACACCUCGGGAGGCCUUGGAAGAGAUUCCAGAAACCUGUUGCUCCAGGUGGAAGAAGAGGGAGGACUUUUUUGAUCUCCUAGUCGACACAUUGGAGGGAGUCUUGAGUUGCUUGGAUUCAGUUAGUGCCCAUGAUGCUGGAACUAUGUCGCUACAUGCACAGGUCCUCGCCACUGCUUUGAGAGAUGCAGAUUUUGUCGUCACACUUGUGAUCCUGAAGAACGCUUGUUCUCCUCUUCGGAACUGCAGCACUGUCUUCCGCUGUGGUAACCCUGCUGACAUCAUCUGUGAAGUGGAGAAGAUAGUACCAAUCAUAGAAACUCUGAACAAGAUGCUGGAUAACAUAAGCACUGUACAUUCACCUUGGUUUGAGGAAGCAUUCCAACUAGCAUCCAAGGUGGCCCCUCAGCAAGUGUGUUUCCCAGAGAAAGCUAACUCUUAUGAGUCUCCAGAGAUGUACUACAGGGAAAACUUGAGUGUUCCUCUACUGAGCAGCCUCAUUGAUGAAAUGAAGUACAACUUCUCCGACAGUCACUUAAAAGCCCUGAAGAUCUUGUCUCUGCUCCCCACCUGCAAUCCACAGCCCAUUUCAGAGCCAAUCCGCGCAGAGUCAACAGACAAGCUAUACAGUCUCUACCUGUCUGACCUCCCUGACCCUGACACAGCAGAGCAGGAUAUCAGUAACUGGGCCUCUGUCUGGACAGAGAAAUAUCAAGAUCUCUCACCACCAGCUUCUAUCUCUGAGAUACUGCUUCACGCUGAGUCUCAAUGCCAUCCCACAGUGACCAGACUGCUUAGACUGGUGGCUGUUCUACCGAGCGUCAGUAUGGAGUGGGACCUGAUGAAGACCACCCUGAACUCCAUGAGGGCUCUACUGAAGAACACGGUCUGCAAGGGCAGUAAAACAGACACUGUGAUGCUUCUUAUGCAUUACCCAACUGUUCAAAGACUAGGGGAGGUCAUUGAGAAGUGCAUCGAAGUUGACCCAGAAAGCAGGCCAUGUCUUGAGCAGGUGAAGAAACAAAUUGAAGGUCUGAAGCUGGAAAGUGAUUUUAGAGCUUUGGAUGUAAACCCUGAUGGAAGACAUGAACAGGCAGUUGAGGAACACCAAGCUGGUAUGUCAGAUCAACUCCCUGCAGGAAAGCUGAAGGCAGAGGAGGCAGAGUACUAUGUGGAAGAUGCUGUGAUCAAGGAAGACGUUGUGAUCGCUGAGGAUGUUGAGAUCGCUGAGGACGUUGUGGGGGCCAGCGUGGGGGCCGGGGGUGGCGGGAAAGUAGAAGUCUGCGUGAUAACAGAGGAAGUCAUGUUUGCAGAGGACGAUGUAAAAGCAGUGGACAUUGUGUUAGCCGAGGACGACGUGAAGGCAGAGGACUGUAUUGUGAUAGUAGAGGAUGGGGUCAUAGGUCAGAAGCAGACCAUGUCUUUCUACGACCCACCUGUGCGUGAGGAAAUCCUCAAGGAACUCUGGGACUCACAGUUCUUUACAAUAAUAACGGAACGGGCAGUUGAGAUCGAGGGACAGCUCUACGUUCCCCUGUGCAUCAGGUACUUGGACAAACAGGACACUCAGUGCGAGGAGACUGUAGCGUUCAUCCCGUUCAGCCAGGACACUGCUGUCUUGGCUGAUGCUAUUGAAACAGCCUUAUCAGAGAAAUUGGGGCUCAACAUGGAGUACUGUAGAGGGCAGGCUUUGCUAAGUGUUGGUGAGGUAGGGUCUCAGAUGAGGGCUGUUUCUGCUGUAAUAUCCCAGAAAUACCCCCUGGCCAUGCGAACAGUCAGCUCUGCUCUGUCUCUGAAUGUGUGGCUAGCCAGGUCAUCUCCUGCAGUGGCAGCAGCAGACUGUGCAGCGUCUGUAGAAAACAUGUUACAAUGGCUUACAGGGGACACAGAACGACAGACCAAACUGGAGGACAUGAUCAUUGCCAUGUUCCAACAUGAUGAGGGGAAGGGUAAUGAGCAUAGGGACAAGCUUAUUAAGAACUGGGAGAAAAGUCAUGAAAUGCAUGAGUUGAUGGUAGAGCUCCUGGAGGUAGUGAUGCUGUGCUUGAAUGAGCAGAAAAGUGAGGAGAGUAGCUCAGGGAGUGGCCAAGCACUGCUGUACUUCAAUAAAGUCAGAAGUUUUGAGUUCAUCUUCUCGGCUGUCGUGCUGAAGAAUGUCCUGAGUUUGACCAAAAAGCUGAGCCAAUCUCUUCAGGGCAAACCUCUAGAUGUGUUGCUAGCGAUGAAUAGCUUGCCUGACCUCCUAACUUCCCUCAAUGAAUUGAAGAGCGAUAUCGACACACAUCACAAGGCCUGGUAUGAGGAGGCUGUCGCUUUAGCUUCCAAGCUGCAGAUAACGCUGUUGCACUCUGGGCUACUAGAACCCCUGAGUCAGUUUUACAAAAUGGCGGUGAGUCAGAAGGUGAUAGAGCACUCCAUUGUUGAGGUCAGUGAGCUCUUCACAGAGAAGGUCCUCAGUACCCUGAGGUGCCUGGAGAUUGUGCCUUAUGCCAUGUCAAAGGUGGAAAACAGCAGUGUAAAUGCCCACGUUUUCCGCAUGUUCAAAGAUGACAUGCCUGACAUGGCCUCACUCCCCACAGAGAUGAAGUCUUGGAGAGAGAAGUGGUUGGAUCCCAUGUCUGGGUAUCUUCCAGCCACUGUGCUCGACACUCUGAAGGCAUCAGAUAUUAGGAGCUUUAGUAACAUUGAAACCCUCCUAAGGCUCCUUGUCAUACUACCAUUUUCCCGGAGGGAGAGUACCUUCAGGCAGGGAAAAAGAAGCCUCCAGGGGUUCAUACAGCAGGAGACCAGGUCAAUUUCUGAACUUCAUCCUCUGUAAAAAGUUGGUGUUCCCUCAAGCUCUCAUUAGCAUAAAGCAGGUUUCUGAGUUGGUGUCCUAUACUUCUGACCCACUGUAUCUUUGAGUAAAUAUCCAACCUAAUUUAGGUCUCAAUACAGUUUUUAACUUACUAGAAGACAUUUCCCUGCAUACAUGAAUGAUCUAAAUAUUUUGAUUGUUUUAUUUGUUUUCCUGCAAGCGUAUAUAUUUUUUGUUUUAAGUUGUUUGGAUAAUUGUACUGCCUAAUGGGACCAAUGUCUUGCCAAAAAUAGCAAUGCUCACCUGAGGGUUACCAAUGCGUGUGUGUGCCUUUAUGCAUAACUAACAGUCAACCCAAUGAACCAUAAGAUUUCAGAUGUCUGAAAAUGACACAGUCCCAUCAGGCUUUCUGAAAGAACGUUUAUUUUUGUCAGCACCAAAUAACAUUGGACUGAAUUUAAGAAUCACUUGCAUCAAUUCACUGUCAAUUAAUACGUUGUAUCAUUCUCUUCCUUGGCACAAAUCGAAAUGGUUAGUUCUAUCAUGUAGAUGUUUUAUGAUGAUUUCCUAGGUUUCCUGUCUAUUUAGGAGAGUUCAUUUUCUGUAAAGAAUUCUCCAAAAACUGUCUCCUUAAGAGUUAAACAUUCAUAUAUAUUUGUCCAAAAAAAUAAUAAAAAGUUAUAAAAAGACCUAAUGUUCUUAUUGUAUAUGACUUGUCACAUUGCAGUGUUAAGCCUACCAUAAUGAGUAAAUUGAUUUUCAUGAGUCACAAGAGGGCGCUAUAAGCCUUCAUUAUUUUGAGGAAAUUCUAUUGGCAUUUCAUUUAGGCUAUAUUAAGAGUACCCUUGUCUUUCAUAUAGAAAAUGUUUGAUUUAUAAAGCAUGUUUUAAUGAAGUAAUUGGAUGGUUUUUUUUUUGUCAGACUUCAGCUGAAUACAGCUGUACGCUCUGUUGAGGAUUGGAGAAUGUAAGAAUUGCCACACCUUUUGAUAUGGGAUCCAAGGCCAUAUAAACCAUGUGUAUCUUACCGGUUUACCAUCUUUAAUGGGAAUAUCACAAUCUUAGUGUCAUGAAGGUGUUAUAUAGCUACUCAUUGAGUGAUGGUGUCUACUGCUUAAUGUAUAUUAUUAAAGACAAAUCAAACAUAAUGAACAGGUCUUGACAACUAUAGCAAAGGGAAAUGUCUCCAUUCUCACAAUUGCUUAUUGUACUGUAGGCCUAUGCACUUCCAUCUUCCAACUGUUUCAUCCCAGUGGUCACUUUUAUUUCUUCACUUCCUACAUGGCGUUAUUCCUCCCGUGUCAAUAACAUGGUUAAUAUCUAAUGUCUUGAAUAUGUUGAGUGGUGCUGCCUGGCCUCGUAGCCAUACGAAGCAUACUAUACAUAUUUUUAUGCACCUCCAAGACAAACUCAGCAAAAAAAUGUCCCUUUUUCAGGACCCUGUCUUUCAAAGAUAAUUUGUAAAAAUCCAAAUAACUUCACAGAUCUUCAUUGUAAAUGGUUUAAACACUGUUUCCCAUGCUUGUUCAAUGAACCAUAAACAAUUAAUGAACAUGCACCUGUGGAGCGGUCGUUAAGACUAACAGUUUACAGACGGUAGGCAAUUAAGGUCACAGUUAUGAAAACUUAGGACACUAAAGAGGCCUUUCUACUGACUCUGGAAAAACACCAAAAGAAAGAUGCCCAGCAUCCCUUCUCAUCUGCGUGAACUUGCCUUAGGCGUGCUGCAAGGAGGCAUGAGGACUGCAGAUGUGGUCAGGGCAAUAAAUUGCAAUGUCCGUACUGUGAGACGCCUAAGACAGCGCUACACGGAGACAGGACAGCUGAUUGUCCUCGCAGUGGCAGACCACGUGUAACAACACCUGCACAGGAUCGAGUUAAACUGCCCGAGUUAAACCAGGAAUGCACAAUCCCUCCAUCAGUGCUCAGACUGUCCGCAAUAGGCUGAGCGAGGCUGGAUUGAGGGCUUGUAGGCCUGUUGUAAGGCAGGUCCUCACCAGACAUCACCGGCAACAACGUGGCCUAUGGGCACAAACCCACCGUCUCUGGACCAGACAGGACUGGCAAAAAGUGCUCUUCACUGCGCUUUUGUCUCACCAGGGGUGAUGGUCGGAUUCGCGUUUAUCGUCGAAGGAAUGAGCAGCCAAUGUGUGGUGUUCAAUGCAUACAUUCCAUCAGACUUCUGAAAAAAGGGCUUUACAUUAACCUGUUUAUCCACUUGUCCUUCAGACAAGGUGACUGAAAAUGUUGUCUGAUGCAAGAAACCACUUUCCAAAAUAAAUGUCAUUAUUAUUACUAUACCAUUAUUACAGAGAAUCAGACAAAUGAUGCUACUCUCUGCCUAUUGGCUAUUCAAGACAGUCUCAAAAUACAACACUUCCCCUUUAAGACAUAAUAAAUACUUAUUUUCCACCAUAAUUUGCAAAUAAAUUCAUAAAAAAUC